GAGCUGUACAUUUAUGCAGCGAUAGAUGGGCAUUAGAAAAAAAUGACGUAUACUGUAGUUCAAUUCCUAGAAACUACUGUGCUUUUUAACUUUGCUCCGUGCUAUACUGUAGUGUACUAGCACUCUCGCUGUCGUAAAUAUGAAUAUGAGAAGCAGAUGCGUCGUCUGGAGGCUUCAGCUGUGGACAUCAGUGACUAUCAUCCACUCAAAGCCAUCACGGUGACAGAUUCUAAAUCUCGGCGUAGUGCACGGAAAGGCAGCACAUCCUCAACCUCGUCGUCCUCCAGCUCCGUGGCUCCAGAUCCGCUCAGCUCUUUGCUGGAUGGGACCGACCCGCUGUCCCUCUUUGCUGCGGCGUCUGUGAUCCCCACUAUCCCACACAGCAUCUCCGCUGGGGAGUUGGGCAUGAAACGUAAAGAUAAGGAGGAGGAGGUGGGCUCGGACUUUGAGCCGUGGUCAUGUAAGCGUGGAGAGAUUCUGUCCAGAUUCACCACCACAGAGAAGCUCUCUAUAAACCUCUUCGUGGGCUCAGACAAGAGUCAAGCGUCCAGCCCUAGCUCAGCCGUGUCAGAGAAGGUGCGAACACGUCUGGAGGAGCUGGAUGAUCUGGAGGAGGGCUCUCAGAGGGAGCUGCUGAAUCUGUCCCAGCAGGACUAUGUGAACCGCAUUGAAGAACUCAAUCAGUCUCUGAAAGAGGCCUGGGGUACAGACCAGAAGGUCAAAGCCCUGAAAAUUGUCAUCCAGUGCUCUAAGCUGCUGUCCGAUACGUCAGUCAUUCAGUUUUAUCCCAGCAAGUUUGUCCUCAUCACAGAUAUCCUGGACACAUUUGGUGGUCUGGUGUAUGACCGGAUCUGGUCCAUGUGUGCCGAGCCUCAUCCUCUACCAGAGUCAUUUAGUGCUGAUGAUGUGAAUGACACGGCUAAAGAAACAUGUCUCAACUGGUUCUUUAAGAUCGCCUCCAUCAGAGAGCUCAUCUCUCGACUAUAUGUUGAAGCUGCACUUUUAAAGUGCAACCGCUUUUUAACCAAAGCUGGGAUUCAGGAGACACUGCAGAGGUUAACAGCGAUGAUCAGAGGGAUAGGAGACCCGCUGGUGGCCGUAUAUGCACGAGCGUACUUGUGCAGGGUGGGGAUGGAAGUUGCUCCGCACCUGAAGGACAGUCUGAAUAAGAACUUCUUCGACCUGCUGGCCUCCUUCCGUCAGAUUCAUGGCGACAGUGUUCAGAAUCAGCUGGCGCUGCAGCGGGUGGAGAUUCCCGUCUAUCUGACGCUCUAUUCUCCUGCCAUACACUGGAUCCUGCAGUGUGUGGCGUACAGAGCACCAGAGGUUCUACUGACAGAGAUGAUGGAGAGAUGCAAGAAGUUAGGCAACAACGCUCUUCUGCUGAACUCUAUCAUGUGGGCGUUUCGGGCUGAGUUUGUGGCUACGAGAGCAACAGACUUCAUUGGCAUGAUCAAAGACUGCGAUGAAGCAGGAUUUCCCAAGCAUCUGUUGUUUGCGUCUCUGGGCCGCAGUCUGUCCUGUGCCGAUCCUCCUGAGAGCGAGAGACUCUCUGUACUCAAUGAAGCCUGGAAGGUCAUUACUAAAGUGCGCAGUCCACGGGAUUAUAUGAGCUGUGCAGAGAUCUGGGUGGAGUUCACCUGCCGUCACUUCACUAAACGGGAGGUGAACACGGUUCUCGCUGACAUCAUCAAGCACAUGACUCCAGACCGAGCGUUCGAGGACGCUUAUCCACAGCUGGAGUCGGUGAUAAAGAAGAUCCUCACAUACUUUCAGGAUUUCUCUGUGCUCUUCUCUAUGGAGAAGUUCCUGCCCUUUCUGGACAUGUUUCAGAAAGACAGUGUCAGGGUGGAGGUGUGUAAAUGCAUCAUGGAAGUCUUCAUCAAACACCAGCAGGAGCCGACGAGAGACCCCGUCAUACUCAACGCUCUGCUGCACAUCUGUAAGACCAUGCACGACUCGGUCAACGCUUUAACUCUAGAUGAUGAGAAGAGAGCUCUGGCUCUGCUCAUCAAUGGAUUUAUACGGAUGGUGUCAUUUGGGAGAGAUUUUGAGCAGCAGCUGAGUUUCUGCGUGGAAGCCCGUGCGACCUUCUGUAACCUUGAGCCCGUCAUCGUUCAUCUGAUACAUACGGUCAAUCAGUUAGCCAUGGAGACCAACCGUGUGAUGAAGGGAAGUCACUCCCGUAAGACCGCUGCUUUUGUCAGGGCAUGUGCUGCGUACAGUUUCAUCACGAUUCCCUCCCUCACGAGCAUCUUCAGCCGUCUGAAUCUCUAUCUGCUCUCAGGGCAGGUAACGCUGGCCAACCAAUGUCUGUCUCAGGCUGAUGCGUUUCUAAAAGCAGCCGUCGGUAUUUUGCCCGAGGUGCCACGUAGCAUCAGUAUCGAGGGUAAACAGCGUUCUUCAGAGCCCUUUCUGCUCGACUUCAUCAACAACUUUCUCUCCACGCUGCUGGUGGUGCCGGAUCACCCCGAGCAGGGUGUGCUGUAUCUGGUGCGAGGACUGUUGAACAUGGUGCAGGAUUACACCUGGGAGGACAACAGCGACGCUAAAGUCCGUGUCUACAUCAGCGCUCUGCCGUUACUAGCGGCAAUGAGCCAAGAAAACUACCUUUACACCAUUCCUAAAGUGGAUUCAAAUGAAACGCUCUAUGGAGGAGAUCCUAAGUUUAUAGCAGAGCUCAACAAGUUGUGUGAGACUCUGAUCGGUCAGGUUCUGGAUCAUUUAAAGGGGCUGGGGCGAGAUGAUGGGGUGCGGCGGCAGGGUGGUCUGGCAUUCUCUCUUUUUGGCUGUCUGUUGGCUCACGGUGAUGUACGCAAUAACAAACUCAAUCAGUUAGCCGCCAACCUCUGGAAUCUGAGUCACAAACACGGCUUCUGCGACGCACGCACGUCGGUUCGGACACUGGAGCACAUCAAACUGCAGGCUCAGCAGUCCGAAAUGACUCAUCUCUCUGAUCUGACCACACGUCUGUCACUGCAGUCCAGAGCUUGAGACAUUCUGAUGAGACGCAGAACACAGCAGACUUUAUACCACAUCACGAGCAGGUGCUCUGUGGUGAAGGCGCUUCAGACAUUUCUUGUUAUGAAGUGUUUUACGGUGCCGAUAUACUGCUGUAUGACACUGUGUAAUGCACCAUUAAAGUGUUUUGACAAUAAUAAAAAGAGAUUGAUCGAAAUAAAAUACAUUCAUUUCUAACCUUCUGAUAAUUAUUCUACAAUGUCAGUUUGCACUUCUUUUGAACCAGUGUUUGUGUAUAGGUGUUAUAUAAAACGCUCUAUCCAAACCCUAAUUAUAAGACAGAUAACAGACUGGGUUCAAUUUUUUUUCUACUUGUAGCCCAGAAAGACUUUGUUAGAAAACGUACAACUAGGAGUGGGGUAAAUAUCUUUACAUUCCUUAUUGCAAGAGUUUGAUGCAUCGUUUUAGAAAAAAGUCAGAUCAAAUCAGAGCCACAAAUGUUAUUCAUUUUUGUCUGUUAUUUGUUUUAUUAUAUCAUAUCUUGCUGAUGUUUUAUGCGAAAAAAUGUCCCUUUGAUUUAAAUGUUGAAGCAUCAAAUGCUACACAGCACUUUGUAUUGCGUGGAAAAACACCCCUUUAACUUUUUUUAUUCAGAGUUUUUCUUCUGUGAAACACAAAAUAUAUUUUGAGAAAUGUCUCGGAAGUUUUGUGUUCAUACAAUGGAAGUCAACGGGGGCAGUGUUUGGUUACCAACAUUCUUUCAAAUAUCUUUUGUGUGCUGCAGAAGAAAGUCAUACAGGUUUGGAAUGACACGAUUGACGGAAGUUAUAAACAGAUAUUCUUCCAACAUUAUCAUUCAAAUAUCAGUAAGCCAAAAAUGCCAUUUGAAAAUAUCAUUGUAAACUCUUCAUCGACUUCUGUGGAUCACAAUGUGCGUUUCGCACGUUUAAUGGUUUUUCAUACAAUGGAAGUGGAUAGGGACUGGGAUUGUUCAAACCAAAAAGCAUCAUUAAAACACGAUUAAAAGUACUUCAUGCACUAUAUUAAAUCUACCCAGUCAGAAAUGAACAGCUUUGAAUUACUAAAAAGAACUAUGAACUCCACAAAAAGGCGCACAAAUGAUUCUGUUCUCAUAGGCGAACAGAAAUUGAAAAGCAGGACAAAUGUAUUCAUGUAACAUCCAUUUCAUUCUUUUAUUAAGCUCAAUCGCACCUCAAGAGAGACUGAAGCGGCCCGCUGGUGACCGACACAUUUAUCACACUUGAUCGUCACUAACCAUGCAUUCAUCUACAGCUCACACACGCGUUUAAGAUCUGUGCUUUUCUCAUCCCCACGCACACAAUGUAACAGAAGAAGUGGUGAAGAUCCGGGAUGCCGUAAUAUCCCCGGUAAGAC